UAGGGAUGGCAUUGCCUUGCAAAAUGAGCAAGAUGGAGUUUUAAAGUAAAUGAAAUUCUAACAGCUGGACAAUGAUUAAUAAUAGUCACAGUAACAGCACAAUCUAAAACAUCACUGAUAAUAAGUCAGCAUCUGAUCUAACUUGGAGUCCAAAAAAUAGUAUCUUAACACAAAUGAGAAUCUGCCUUGAGGGUAAAUCGAAUCUAGUUAUGCAGUGUAGUUAUUCAGAGCGACUGUCAAAGCUGUUAACAAAUCUAUCUCUCCCUUCUGUCGGUUUUAUUUCCAAGUUACCGGAUAAGAUGAUGAAAUGGCACAAUUUUGUCCAAGUCUGUGGAUAUCACAGCGCCGCCUGUGCGUAAAAAACUCAAAGCUUGGUAAUAUAUUUAUUAGCACGUCUGUCGGGCGUGGCUGGCUUGUCUGCCUAGAGGCGUGGAGAGACUGUAGCCGUAUAGUCUGCUCCGGGGGGCUACUGGAUGCUCCGUGAUGGAUGAGGAGUGACAGAUCGGGGUUAGCCGCCAGGGGAGCACCAUUUUCUUCCAGCGCACGGUCUUCAAAGAGAAGGAGGUAGAAGACGCUGGACGCGGAGGGAGGAAGGGACGAGAAGCAGACCCAUCUCCACCCCUCCUCUCUCUCUCUCUCUCUCUCUCUCUCUCUCUCUUUCUCUCUCUCCCUCUCUCUCUCUCUCUUUACUCUCCCGUGCAUCACAACAUAGUGGGCUUUACCCGGACUGCACCGCAUUGACGCUGCUGCUGCUGCUGCGACCCAACCCACCAAACUAACGCAAACAGAGGCAGGAAGAGUCGUCUUUUUAGAAUGCUGGAAGCAGGGCGCUGUGCGGAAUCUGCGUCUGGACAUGCAGCAUCUCCCUCUCCCCCUCUCUCUGCUUCUUUCUGCGUGGAUUUGCUGUCCUGCUCGGUGAUGUCAAGACUUUAGAAGCUACAGUGACUCUUCGAGGAGGGGGCGUUUUUUUGUCACUACUGCAUAGUGCACAGCGAGGAAUUAGGAUACAAGUUUGCAGAGCUCAGAUCAUGAAUGCAGCUGCUUACUUGCAAGACUGAGACCCCCGUCCUUACUGCCUCAAACAUGGGUGUUGACUGAGCUAUAAGGAUGCACUUGUGAGGAUUAAAACUGCGCGCAAUAAUUCCUGGAUCAUGCAGAUUCUGCACCCUAGGACGUUAUUUGUGUGUGUACCCCAUGCAUAUGUAAUACUAUCCCUGAUAUAUUAUGGGGAAGCACGGAGCAACAGCAGCACAUACUCUUCCAGGAGUUUGCAUGGGUCACUCCGGGAGAGUCAUCAAAACAAAGCCCGGGACCGUGCGCUCUCGCCGGGCUACGCCACAGGUGCGUCCCCGGCGGAGGGCGCGAUUAUCCGGGGGACUCUUAACUCCACUCACCCCUGGAAGAGGGUGAUGUCAGAAGAAACGUGGCGGAUUGGACACAACAAACGCGACUUCAGCCGGGCUGUGACACCCGUGGAGGAUCCCAACGCGGGCUCACAUUGGGGCCCGACGCGCCACCAUAAUAGGAGGAUAAAGUUGAAUGGCACGGGGACGCCAGCAGGUGGACACUACAAUGCGGCUAAGCCCUCUUCAAUGGGAAGGGUGGACGAAGGAGGGGGACCCGAUGAGGGUGACCGGCACAAGAGGGGCACAAAAGACGAGCAGAAGAAAGCCUGGAGGAGGUGGGGGAGAAACCGCCAGAAUAAAAGCGCGGCAGCUUUGGCUCAACCUCACGCGUCGCCGUGGGAACCCAUCCCCAAGCCGGUGGCCCUCACCUCCACCGACCUGCCCUUUGACCUCUUCACCAGGAGGCCUGAGUUCUUCACGUUCAGGGAGGAGAACCCCUGGGACGCCACGCCGAUUACCCCUCCAAACUCGCAGGACUUUGGAGACGAGAUCAAGAACCCCUUCUACCCGGUAACGAGCGAGACUUACGGCGCGUACGCGAUCACGUGCGUCUCCGGGGUGAUAUUCCUGGUUGGGAUAGCGGGCAACAUCGCCAUCCUGUGCAUCGUGUGUCAGAACUACUACAUGAAGAGCAUCUCCAACUCUCUGCUGGCUAAUUUGGCUGUGUGGGAUUUUGUGCUCAUCCUCUUCUGCCUGCCUAUGGUGGUGUUCCAUGAGCUGACCAAGUCCUGGCUGCUGGGAGAAUUCACCUGCAAAGUUGUUCCAUAUGUGGAGGUAAAGUCAGUCCAAAUUCUCUCCAUCAUUUUUAGUCUUCUCUGAGUGUAUUUGGGUGGUUACAUCACAUUGCAGUCGAAGGUUGAAGUUUGAAGCAAUGCCUGCAGGCAGAAUCUCCCUCUGACAGAUGGUAAACGGUGCUCAACCAGUGUCAUUUACAUAUCAGCAGCCUUGACUAAAUGUGUUCACACCUCUGCAGUGACAAUGGACAGGAUCUGUUGCUCUCAGGGAUGGGACAAUAAGCUGUCACACUCAUGUUUCCUGAGUAGACAGACUUAAAAAUUUUGGCUUUCAAGGCCCAGACUGGCUAGGGAGUAAACAAGCUAUAGGAUGUCACUCCAGCAACAACAAGGGGGCUCUGUUUGUCACUAAUACACCUGCUAGACUAGAGAGAGAGAGAGAGCCUCACCUAACCCUGAAGGCACACACAUGUGAAAACACUCCAGGAUGUAAGUUAAUAUCAUUACCUUCAGCCAGCUCUGACAUUUACACACACUCCUCUGUUUUGUCUUGCACACCUGUGUUUUCCAGCACUGGACAUUGUAUUUGCAUCAUGCUUCCCUUUGUGUUUUCACCAUCAGUGUCACAUUCCCCCUCAAGGUGCUUCUGUAGAGAAAGAGGUCUUAAGCUUGUUUUGAAAGGCUGCAUUGUCCCAACCUGGCUUAUGGGAGGACACAAAGAGAUUUGAAACGUUUAUCUUAACCCAAAUGCAUCUUAAAUGAAAGGCUGAAGAAAACUGAAAGCAGUGGAGUUAUGGGUGGCGCCUGAGGUGCAUGAGCAAGUGAGAGAUUUGCUGUGUGCUGCAGCAAAAAAAAAAAAAAAAAAGAGGACAGAAAAUGUAACCAAACCCAGAAAAGACUAGAUUAGAGGAGAGAGAGAGAAAGAUUCUUUAGCUUAGCCAGGCAGGAUCCGCCCUCCAGAGACUCCAGGCAGACUGUGACGUCUUUCAGCGAUGAUACAAGCAGGUGAAAGGUGUGUUAUUAUUCUCACUUUGCUCCCAGGCAAGACAUUAGCUUUGGUGUGACAUUUUCCAGACCCUGAAGGACAUUUUUUUAGUUAUUAUAAGAUAGAUUUUUUUGCAGAUUAAAAUGUAGGCGUGCAGCAUCUAGUUAAAGAGCAAUGCACUGAUUGAUCUGCAAGAAAAUAGAUAGCAACCAGACACAUUUUAAAACACUUUGAAGAAGUAUUCAUUGAAAACUUUAGUGCAGUUUCAGAGCUGAGAUAAAACCUUUGCCCCGUUUGUUUUUUUGGCCUGCAACAGUGAUUUAGCAAUUUAUCUUUGAAACAUUUAGACUUCAAUUUAUAGCUUUAUUCCAUAAUUGAUUGGACUUAAAUAGUUUAAUUAGAGUGUAGCCAAAUUACUUUUCCCCUUAUAACCAUCAUUAAUGCUGUAGCCUCACACUGCGCUCACUUUGUCCCUCUGCUUUACUAAUACACGUUGCCUUUCUGCUCUCUUCCUGCUUUCCAGUUCAAUAAAAUGUGUAAAUUAAGCACUCAAGUAUUGCAGACAGAAAAAACACAUAUAUACUGUGACUAAGUUAAGCUGAGUGCGAUGAAUCCAUUCAAAGUAGAUCUAUGUUUUAUGUUUCUAUACUGUGAGAUCUGUCUCAGGCUGUCCUGGAUUCUGUCUGCCCUUUUACAGUCAGUCAGCUGAUUUCAGAUACAGCCUCUGAUUGUUUAACAGACCAAAACAAGAUGUCAGCCAUCGUUAAACAUAGUCAGGGAACAACAAAAAUAAUGCCACAUAUAAAUAAAAAUACAUAUGUAAUCAAACAAUAUCUUAAUUUUGGGAGGUUGGAUCCAGUCUAUCUCUGAAAAUAUUCUGAUUUUCUCUGUAAAGCCUAGAAACUCGUUGACCAUGACAGCUGCCAAUUACAAAGUCAGUGAAUUUUAUGUAUAUUACUACUUCUGUUUUUAAUUCUGAUAUUGUAAAUACAUCCAUUGUAUGUCAUAUAUAAUAAUAUCAACCAAUCAUUAGUAUCGGUACUGUCCCAAAAAAAACAUUGAUUGACCCCUUAAGCCAUAAACAUACAGGAUCCGUAUUGAGCGUGUUCCGUAUUUGCUCCGUAGAGCAGCUCUGGGUAUCACAUACAUGAUGCGCAUGUGGAGCGUAGCAGCGAAACAACACGCUCACAACAGGUUGUUUUGCCUUUCUGUGGUCUUUUUCCUGAUAAUUUGGAUAUAAUUCGGUGACCGUUGAGCCUCUACUGUAUGUGAAAAAGCAACAUGAUUUUACAGUUUCGGUUUUUGCAGGUUUACUCGUGUUUAAUAAAGUAAACUAUGUUCCUUUAUGCUGUUACCUUCAGACAGAGUUAGCAUUUAAAAGUCCUGUUGGGGUCCACAUGGAUCAGUUCUGUGUUACUGAUGAAUCCAUAACCAGGAAGUACUUCUCAUCUUCACAAACUGAUACACGGUCGGGAGUUCACAUAUGGUGCUUGGCUUCCUGUCUAGGAUGAUCUUCUCUGUGUGGAUUGAUGCACAUUGGAAGCGUAGAGCAGCAAAAAUAGACUCAUCGCGUAUCUUUAGCAGUGCUGCUCUCGAUACGAUGUUAUGACAGAGGUGAUAUGCAUCCUGUAUGCUUUGCUGCAUUGAUUAGAAUGGCAUCCUAUUUGCUGCAUGAUACGUGACGCUCCUGCCACACUCCAAAUACGCAUCCUGUAUGUUUUAGCCUUUAUUGUGAAAAGGCCUGAGUCAGGUUCAUUAUUAAAAUUCAAUCAAUUAACUUUUAAGUUUGAGUAUUUUUGUAAACUGGGCACCAAAAAGUUUUUACACACAUAUGUUCAUUUGCAACAUUUGUACAGCAAGUUAUUGGCAAGUAAAGGCAAAUUGAAUUUGCAUUAUCUAAUGUUCUUUUAUUACAAGUUCUUCCUCGCUGACCACAUACUGUCGUACAUGGACAGUAUCUCAUUUCAUUUGCAGACACCUUGUGAGUCCACGUGUUUUAAUUAACGUGGGAUCAGAGGCAGAGAGAACCCCCUCCCCGUGUUAUUGCAUAUGAGCUACCCAAGAACCACAGGAUGCUAUUUAAUAACUUGACGUGCGAAUGGAGACUCAGAACGCCAAGUGUGUGAGUGUGAAUGCAUGAGACUAUGCAUUUUAUAGAGCAUAUCUAUCAGAAAUAAGAGCUCAGGGGCUUAUAUGUCUGUAUAGGGGGUUCAAUUCGUGUGUGUGUGUGUGUGAGUGCAAGUGUCAGAACAGGCCAUGAGUAAUGCAGCCUGGGGCUCGCUUACUCCCUGUGGAACAUUCAGGGAAACACACACACACACACACACACACACACACACACACACACACACACACACACAUUUACCCUAUGGAGUGACACUGUUCUUCACUUAACCCAAAUUCAGUCACAGGGGACAUGAACAUUUGGCAAACUCAGUCACACAUGUUUAAAUGGCACGCAAUAUUCUCACACACAGACACAUUGAUGCACACGCAACACCAGACUUUAAGUGUGCAUGAAUAAUCAGAAAGUAGUCGAGAUAAUAUAUCAGAGCCUCCCAUGGCACUUCCCUCAGUAAACCUUGUUUUAUUCGGUGUUUAGUAGAGCGUGGAAUCCUCCAAACCUCAAAGAGAGAGCAAUUUUAGGUGUGAGACGUGAGGAAACAUGGCAGGGAAGCAGUAAGGAUGCUGCACAAAGUAAAGAUGUGGGCUUCAGCCAGAAUGUCAGCUAUGCACUGGUUUAAUGUUGCAGACACUUCAUUCCUUUAGGAGGAGAUACACAGAGCAGCAAAAUUAGGCAAAACUAAUGUGCAGUAAUUGGGUUUUGCACCUGCUAGCUGGUUAAGAAUAAAGCUGUAAAGUUGGCUUAAGUAAGAAAUAAAAAGUGCAGAGAGCUUUCUGAGAGAGCUUUCUGUCAGCCAGAGGGGGGUGUGAGUCAUUUGACAGUUUGUUAAAAGAUCAUACUGCUGGAUCAGGGUUUUGAAAGUUUUUGUCUUUAAGUGAAAAGCUGCUUACAGAUCACCAGUACAACAUUACUUUUCAUCGCUUAACUCUUGUUGACAGCAUUAAAAAAGAGGUGCUCACAAGCUGAUAAUUCAUGUUACUGCACAUCUCGAGGUAUUAUAUCUUCAAGCAUCAUUGUUUACAAUAUAAGACGACUGGGUAGAAGCAUAACCCAAUCAGGUGUAACCGUGCACUCAACUCAUAUGAUACACAUUGCAAGUCUGGGUUCUGGUGCCCCAUUUACAACAAAAUGAUGCAUUCUUAAAAUGCUAUUCAAUGUGUGUACACCCCUGUUCACAUUGUUAUCAUGUGUAUUAUUAUUGAUCACACAUGUGCAACAGUCUAAUGACCAAUCCCAUCAGACUGAACAGGCUGUCUUUGUUACGCCUUCUUGCUAAACCCUGAUUUACAGCUAACUAGCCGUCUCCAUCAUGGGACAUAAAUCUAGCGACUCACUAAAGGCCCAUUAUCUCCCCCGUGGUGUAUUGGCUUUUCACUACCAAGCGUGCAGCACUGCUGUAAUCAUAUGCAAUUAGGUAUGAGGCAUCAAGACUUCCAUUGGUUGAUGAAAACAAUCUCUUUGUGUCAAACUGUGCAACUCCAUUAAUAGCAUUUGUCCCUGAUUGCAGAUAAACCAUGUUAUCAUCUGCAUAGAGGCCUAUUGGGAUAAAAUAUAGUAAAUAAAGUAUAUUGACAGUUCUGCAGCUCAAACGUGUUUUUGUGCCUCAUAUAAACGUGGUUUCCUCGCUUCCAUACAACGCCCUGUUGCUAGACACUGUAUGCUGUAUUUGCUGUGAUACAGUAGGAUCCAGCAUGCAGAGAGAGAAAUAGAUUAUUGAAGCAGAGCAGGAAAUAGGCUGAGGAAGAGUGAGAAAGUGAUAGAUUGGUUAAGGGGGGGCAAGAGAGAGAGCUGCAUGGUGCCACACUGGGCCAGAGGUAGACCCUCAUAUUGUGCUGGAAUUGGUCAUAAUGGCAGGACAUACAUCAGUUUGACACAUUCACAAUCACUCUUCCAACUCCAACAUAUUUGGUUUGUCUCCAUGGCUGUGUAACAUCUUGGAAUGUGUGGCCAUUUCAUUGGGGCAAGGUGAGCCUAAGUCACUCCCAAUUUUUUUAUUCAAGAAUUCAAUAAUUAAGAAAGCGAAUGGAAGUCAAUAUCUCUAACCAUGUGCAUUUAAAAACUCAUACAUCUUCUGUGUUUGGAAAGUUUUUUGGCUGACAGCUUAUAUAAAGCCUUCAUGUUACAUAUGACAAUAAACCUCCAGGGCAGGAUGGGUGGCUACUGUACAUUUAUUACACAAGUCUCUAAAAAUAAAGCAGUUGAGUCACCAAAAUUGCAAAACAAAGACUUUAGUGGACUUUCAAAACUAUUUAUGAGUACUGGACAUACAAUGAUUAUAAACCCCUGUUAACAUUAUAAAACACUCAGUGUAGGGUUAGGUUGGGCCAUGAAAAUGACAAAUUGCUUUGAAACUUAUACUACUUUCUGCAAAAGCCACUGAUACUGCCUUAAUACAAUAUUGGAUAUCUUCAAGUGUGCAGCUCAGUUUACCAAUCACCAUUGUUGGUAGAUUUUCCUGUGCAAACAGCAACAGCAACAGUGUCACUCAUAGCUAUUAGGUAGUAUGAUUUAGUAAAGCUCAAGUGAUCUCAGCAUUUGGAAUAUUUCCACCAGCAGUAUGAAUGUACAUUUUCUGCAGUGGGGGACUUUGUGUUGACCACAACUUAAGUCUUUGUGUUGACAUCAGUGUCAGAUAGGAAUCAAACCUUGGCACAACUGUAUCUGGACGAGAAGAAAGGGAGUAAAAUUACGGUUUGAGUUUUUGGUCAGGUGGUGGUAAACUCAAAUACAUAGGUGCAAAAGGGAAUGCUAUGAAGCUGGAGUAUGCUAUAAAGGUUGUUACAUUGGUUCGAAGAGUUUGGCUAAUGUUGGCAGCCCCAACAUUUACAUCCUAAGGUCUUUCUUGCAGGUUAAUGUCCACAUGCCUAUGCUGGUUACACAUUCCUCAAGUCAAGCGGUUAAUUCCACUUCAAUCAGACAUAGCACACAUAUAAGUGCGCACAAGUGUGUUGCUUAGGGAAGUCUAUUGGCUCUUGUCCAAGAUAGACAAAAGAUGAGUUAAGUCCACAUGCUUGCUCAAUUGGAAGAAAAAGUUGUUUUAACAGCAAAGUUUUGACCCAUUGGUCUUGAGCUAAUGUGUGACGAAAACCAACGUGUCAAAAUGUUGUAAUAUUGUAAAUGUCAAUCGUUGCAUUUGGCAGGAGCUGUAUAUACACAUCUAUCCUCGAGUCCUCCCGCUUUAUCUUUCUAUCUAUCUAUUUAGAUACCUUGCCUGGAGAGACACGCACACAUAAAUGGGCAUGCACAAAGUCAGCAGGGUGUGUUGAUCAUCCAGAUGGGUGGGAUGGCCUUCUCUGCACUGAUCACUGCCCACGGCUGAGAACACCCCCCCACCCCCCACCCCUCCUUUCUCUCUCUGCAUCAGCUAUCAGUGAUUAGAAGCAGGCCUCAGGGGGAUAACACACACACACACUUACAUAUGUGAAAUGAUUUCUGCCCACACUAACACACUUUUGCGUCCAGGCUGAACACACACACGCAGUUACAGACUAAAAAACUGCAGAGACACACUUGUGGUACCACAAUGGAUCUCAUGUCCUGUCUCAGCCCGUCUAUUAGGCACACGAAUAGUCAUUAAUUGGAAGAUAUGUAAAUUAUUCAGGUUAUAUAAUUAGCAGCUCUACAUAAUUCAUGAUGGUGAGUCUUUUCAGCCAGCUUGUUGUCUGUGAAUCAGUACCUAUUGUUUUUAUACGAUGAGACAAGAGCAAACAGCAACAGAAGCAAAGAUUUGGCUUGAUGUUGGUUGCAAUUAACUAAGUUAAUAAUUAUCCAUGUAAAUUAAUAUUCAUGUAAAUGUUCGUCUCCUGGUUUCCAGUGUGAAUUUAAGUUCUUUGUGGAGUUAAAGAAAGAGUGAUCAGUGUCUCAGUUGCUGUUCAACAUGUCACAGCCAGCAUGAAGCCAGACACCAAAGAAGAGAAGAGGAUGUGAAAGCUUUAGCAUUUGGUAUUUCCUCCAACAUAACCCUCUCAGACAGGGAUCAACGACCCGGAACUGGACUUUUUCAGAAGCUACUGUACACAGAGAGCAGAAUGAAAUUCUUUAAUGUCCAAGGAAAAUCUGCCUUAGGUCAGGAUUUAAUUUAAUUAAGGAGAAGUUUGUUGGGAAGAAUCCAGUUCAGACUGAGUUAAAACCAUGCCAGGCAGAAAGCAACAAUAAACAAGCGAAAACUGGACUGAUUUGUUGCUGCAGAUGUGAUUUAAUUUAACAAGAGAGAGAGGCAAGAAGGACGAAAUAGGUCCUAUAAAAUUCUGCAUAUAAGACACACUUCAGAUGCCUUUUUGUCACCUCAAAAGAAAGCUGAUUGGAUUGAAAAGAUCCCCCAGUUUGGGAAAAAUGACCAGCCUAAGGGGGCUUAGAGAGACUCAGCAAUUUGUCUGAGGUAGGGGGUCCAUCCUGUAGUUAACACUUGCACAGGCUUAAGCCCAAAUACUAUGUGUAUAGUCCAAAUGUACAGCACAAUUACAUGUGCUUCUUCUAAUUCGUUCAACGUCUGGCAACUGGCAUGACGGAAAAAUCAGCAGGGGCUUCACAGUUGCACGGGAACUGCACAUUAUGAACUACACUGAAAACAACGGAAGCCUUCUCAUGGGAGGAAAGUUUGAACCCUUUUUUAAAUCUUUUUAUAGCUGACGAGAUUUAUUGGUAAAUCCAAAAACAACAUAAGAGUUUAUGCAUCUUUAGGAUACUGAUAAAGUAAACAGUUAUACUUUUAACCGUUUUCAUCCAGCUUCGUUAACUGACAAUCUUCCAGAAGUGAUUUACUUCAAAAUAAAGGCAGUGUUUUUACAAUGCAGGGAACACAUCAUCUUUAGAAAUAGAGGGUGACAAUUAAGUUUACUGUGAUCAUAAGUGUAGUUUAUGAAGUAAUUUGUCUCUCCUCCUUUGUCUUGCUUGAAUAUUGCUAUAAAUACCAUCAUUGUGAUAAGCUAUUGUAUUGUCAUGACAACCACGAGGUGAAAAUCUGAUACUCCGACAGCCCUUUUUCUGUUAUAGUAGGUAGAGACUGAUCCUGAUGGUGAGAAUAAAACUACUGUCACAUUAAUUCUGUACUACUGAAACGAUAAAACAUUUUACCAACCAGUCCACUUUAAGCUUUCAACUACAUCAAUCUUCCUUUGAUGGUUGCUCGGCAACUGAAGGUGAUGAAAUUACAGCUCCUGCCCCAAAAUAGUCUCCAUUUCUUAGGAGAGAUGGUAGUGUAAGUGUUUUCUGAAUGAAGCAGCUCUUACAGCUCGAACAAUUCAAAUAAAAGCAGCGAGGUAAACUGGAACAAAUUAACACUCAUUGUAGAGUGGUCAAUUAAAUAAAAGGAUACAAGUAAGCAAUAUUGAUCAGCAGAAUAAGUGCUUGAAUUCAGAGUGUCUUAAAAGUGCUGGAAUAGUAGCAGAGGCUUGGAGUUAAAAAGGUUCACUACACAGAAUUAUCAGACCUCGACAUAUGAAGCACAUGUGCUUUUACUUUUGCAAUACUUGUAACUUUAGUAAGUGAUGUGUAGCAUACACUCACCGGCCACUUUAUUAGGUACACCAUGCUAGUAACGGGUUGGACCCCCUUUUGCCUUCAGAACUGCCUCAAUUCUUCGUGGCAUAGAUUCAACAAGGUGCUGGAAGCAUUCCUCAGAGAGCUUGGUCCAUAUUGACAUGAUGGCAUCACACAGUUGCCGCAGAUUUGUCAGCUGCACAUCCAUGAUGCGAAUCUCCCGUUCCACCACAUCCCAAAGAUGCUCUAUUGGAUUGAGAUCUAGUGACUGUGGAGGCCAUUUGAGUACAGUGAACUCAUUGUCAUGUUCAAGAAACCCGUCUGAGAUGAUUCCAGCUUUAUGACAUGGCGCAUUAUCCUGCUGAAAGUAGCCAUCAGAAGUUGGGUACAUUGUGGUCAUAAAAGGAUGGACAUGGUCAGCAACAAUACUCAGGUAGGCUGUGGCGUUGCGACGAUGCUCAAUUGGUACCAAGGGGCCCAAAGAGUGCCAAGAAAAUAUUCCCCACACCAUGACACCACCACCACCAGCCUGAACCGUUGAUACAAGGCAGGAUGGAUCCAAGCUUUCAUGUUGUUGAUGCCAAAUUCUGACCCUACCAUUCGAAUGUCGCAGCAGAAAUCGAGACUCAUCAGACCAGGCAACGUUUUUCCAAUCUUCUAUUGUCCAAUUUCGAUGAGCUUGUGCAAAUUGUAGCCUCAGUUUCCUGUUCUUAGCUGAAAGGAGUGGCACCCGGCGUGGUCUUCUGCUGCUGUAGCCCAUCUGCCUCAAAGUUCGACGUAUUGUGCGUUCAGAGAUGCUCUUCUGCCUACCUUGGUUGUAACGGGUGGUUAUUUGAGUCACUGUUGCCUUUCUAUCAGCUCGAACCAGUCUGGCCAUUCUCCUCUGACCUCUGGCAUCAACAAGGCAUUUCCGCCCACAGAACUGCCGCUCACUGGAUAUUUUUUCUUUUUCGGACCAUUCUCUGUAAACCCUAGAGAUGGUUGUGCGUGAAAAUCCCAGUAGAUCAGCAGUUUCUGAAAUACUCAGACCAGCCCUUCUGGCACCAACAACCAUGCCACGUUCAAAGUCACUCAAAUCACCUUUCUUCCCCAUACUGAUGCUCGGUUUGAACUGCAGGAUAUUGUCUUGACCAUGUCUACAUGCCUAAAUGCACUAAGUAUCCGCCAUGUGAUUGGCUGAUUAGAAAUUAAGUGUUAACUAGCAGUUGGACAGGUGUACCUAAUAAAGUGGCCGGUGAGUGUAUGUAUCUUGUUCACAUUAAUGUUAAACCUCCUAAAAACUAUAAUUUAGUUUUAAAUAAACAGAUAUCACACUUUAUUUAGAAAGUAAAAGGUGCUGAUAGAGGCAUUCAGUCAGUUUGGGAAAGGAGUACAUUUAUAAGUAACCAGUACUGAAGUAUAACUUUAUAAGAGGCACUAGUUUACUUGUUUUGUUGCAGGUGGCAGGCGGAUCUUCUGAUAGUCUCCAUUAUUAGAACCUGGAAAUUAACCACAAACUAGCAAUACACUCUUAUUUACCUCUCUAUUCUUGAAAUCUCUUUCAAUACUUUCCCCUGUGUUCAGUGUAUUCAAGGCUAAGUUUAGCUAAUGGCUUAAAACAUUUGCUGUUCCUCAAUAGCUGAAGUGUUUACUAUGUGCUUCCAGGCCUAAGAAAGAUUCUGUCACAGUCUCUGGUUGAAAUUUCACACACAUAUACAGACACACACUCUCUAGACGAUAUGCUCAAACUCUCACCCACACUGGAAUAAAAUUUUAAUUAUUCUGCAUAAAUGUGAACAUGCACAGACUCACACACUGGCACACACACGCGCACGCAUCCGUUUUCUGUCUCAGCCCUGCUGUGUGACGGAUGGCAGCUGUCAGGAGCAGUGUCUCCGGCUAGAGUUAUGGUCUCCAGGAGCGUGCACUGGGUCACACACUCAACCUAGAAACAGGACUGCAGCUGGAAUAACCCUUUGUCUCUGCUCCUCAUUACUACCAGACUGUAUAUGUGUGUGUUGUUGUGUUUCCACAUUAGCCCAUUCAUCACCUGAUAACACCCAUUACCUCUGACAGUGGCUGUAGUCACAGUGUGGCCACACAGGCUCCGCCAGUCCUUGUUAAGACCCAAUUAAUAACACAAGGCCUCUGUGCCACCAACUCACAAGACCUUUAAUCAGGAAGUUAAUGGGCUGUUAUUAAAAACAGCACUUGGGGAAAAUGUCUUGCUCACCUGCUGUGCAGAUGGACAGCUUGAAUCAGGAAAGCAUGUGUUGUGGAUGAAAGACUUUGGGCCCUUGAUUUUGAGCUUUUGAAGUCCAAGGUUAAGAAGAGAUGGAUGCUACUGUUCUGACCUUCACAAGAAAAUUUUAAAUAGCUGUGUUUGUUUUUAAAUUCAGGAAAUAAAAAAUAGUCUUAAAAAUCAUGCUUUUUUCUUUAAGUUUGCUAUGUUGAGAAUAGAAAAUGAUUUACAUCAAGAGACUGUGGGCUGAACUCAAACCGCUAACAUGUUUACAGCCUCUGUGCAUUCAGCUAUUUAACCACAAAAAUUAUUCAGCGCCCAGAAAAAGUGGUGUCGCUCUUUCAAGUGAACUUCAAAUACCCAAACUGGACAGUUAAGCGAAGACAGUAUGUUAACCUCAUUAAAAUGGGUGAUUGUUUUGAAUAGUUCGUAAGAUUUAAAUGAUGAUUUAAUCCUUUCUAAUCCUAAGGCGAGACAGCAUGUCAGCUCAGCAGCAGGUGAAAGGAAAAUGAACAUGACAGGGUCAAGUCCACUGUUUUGAUGAAAUGUCACAUUAACAUUGUUAAUCACUCUGGAAAAGGCCCGUCACUCUCUUCCUGUCACCCUAGAUAGUCUCUAUCUCAUGUGAUGUGUCCCCCUGCUAUUGUCUUCUGUUCCCUCUCUCCAUUUUUUCUUUCUUUUCCUCCCACUUCUCUUCCUUUUUCCAUUCUUCUGCCUCUGUUCGUCAGUCCUGCAUUUGCAUAACCCCUCCUCCACAAACACAGCUUCAUCACCCCACCAGGCCUGACUCUUGGACUCUCUAUCUCUCAUCUACCCUACAGCACACAAAGCCUCACUUGUUCAACCCUGCACUCGCUCUCUCCGCCCCAACAUGCUGAUCAAAGCUGGCUUUCCUGGUCCUCCAUGACAGCCUUUAAAGCUGUUCCAGGCCUGUUGUUCCAGCCAUGAAAUAUUCAGCAUGGCCAAGCACCUGUCCAUGUGUGCUGGACAGAUAUUUGUGUACCUUGGUGUGUUUGUUCACUUGAAGGCAUAUGGAAAUAUGGGUGCACCUACUUGUUUUGGAUGUAUGCAAAGAAAAAAAGUGAGUCUUACCACCUUACCCUGACUAUCAGAAGAAAAACAAGCAUAUUUAUUUUCUUAUUUUCUCAGAAAGGACUAAGCUUCAGGGGCAACUGCAAAUAUUUGUGACUGAAAGGUAGAUCUCUAAUCCAGCAGCUCUGAUACACACCCGAAAACUCAAAUCUCUUUUACUGUCAGCAACGUUAGAAAAGUAGUGUUAUAUGUUUCAAAGAGGGCAGUUCUGGUGAAUAGUAUCAACAUUCAAAGAUGAUAGAGGGAACCAAGUGAACACAUGUACUCACCUCUUCAUAGAGUGUCUGAAAUACACCAGAGCUCUUUGAAUAAUUCAUUGCAUCAUUUUAUUAGAGAGUAGAUUCGAUCAUGGUCCUUUUUCUCUGGAUCAGAAUGCUAUGUUUCCAACAGCCAGUCAAAACUGUGUUCGGAACAAUCUUGGGCAAUUUUCUUUGUUUACUUUAUGUUAGAUGGCCAUAAAACGAGAGAUGAGGAUUGAAACCCUCAAUUCUAUUAAAGACCCAGCUCCAUGUUUUUCAAAACCUGAAACUCAAUAAUGUUAAAGCUUAUUCUGCAUUUGAGUCUCAUGACGUAAUCUUAUAUCUCAAGUUGAAUCACAUCAUUUAAAUCAUAUUAAGGUUCAGGUUGAUUCAAACUGGGAAAAACAGUCCUUGUUGCUGAUGCUGUGGGAUAGAAACCCUCCCCCCUCCAGUCAAAGCACCCAAGGUAGAUGCUCCCAUGUGCUGCUAACUGACAGCAGUAAUCCAGUGUUGAAAUCUGUGUUGAAAUGAGAUAAAAGCUUUUCAGCCAACUAAACAAGGUAACCUGAAGGGACGUAAUGAUGUAUCUGAGGUUCAAAGCAAAGAUAUACAAUAAUCUCCAUAUUAAAUUGAUAUGUAACAUCAAGAAAACAACAUUUCUGCUCAGGUGAGAAGUUAAAUACUGUUUAUACAGUUGUUUAGAGGAGAAAUGCCUGUUUUCCAAGCUUUAUAAUCUGCAAGAAGACCUGCUAAACCGCUGAACACAAGCUCUAAUUAGCUUAAAGGGAUCCUGUCACAUCAGUCAGGUCCAUAAUAAAAAGGCUGGAAAUUGUUCUUUCUUUUCACAAACAGUAAUUAAUAGGGAUGCACGAUAUUUAUCGGACCGAUAAAAUAUCGGCCGAUUUGGGGGGAAAUUACGUCAUUUUUUAUCGGUCCGAUAGGUGCAUUUUUCCGAUAGAAAGAUCCGAUAUAUUAAUGAAAUUACGAGUAACGUUUGCAGGCGGAGUAGCCGCCCGUCCGAGACGCGCUGGUCACGUCCUCUAUCAAGCUUUACUCGCAGGUCCCAAGCCUGACCCCGUCACUGCCAGACAGAUAAUAAAAUGUCUUCACUAGCAUGGUCGUUUCUCUCAGUGGCAGAAGAUGACAACAGCAUUGCUAUAUGCAAAACCUGUUCAGCGAGGAUUUCGAGAGGAGGAAAGAAGACGUCAAGUUUUAACACAACGAAUCUGAUAGCUCAUCUGAAAAGUCGCCAUCGCGGCGAAGCAGUAUUAAAAGAAUAUGAGACAGCCGCCGAAGCUGCUAGUGGUACUAAAGCUAAGACAACAACACUACGGAGGAUCGAUGUCCCCAUUCAGCAGGCGUUUAAAAACUGCAAAAGCUUCUCAAGAGACAGCGAAAAGGCUAAAGCCAUUAACGACAAAGUGAUGGAAUUCAUAGCGGUCGACGACCAGCCUUUUUCCGUCGUUGAGAACCCGGGUUUUCAUAAGUUCAUAGCACACUUGGAGCCACGUUACACUCUCCCAAGCCGCCGCUUCUUCUCGGAUGUGUCUCUUCCUGCACUCUGUGAUAUUGUCGCCACAAACAUUCACAACCUGAUCGACAAGAACGGACUACACGUGAGUUUUACCACAGACAUAUGGACGUCAGAUGUUAGUCCGGUCAGCAUGCUAAGCCUAACGGCUCAUAAUGGCUCCUUUACCGUUUACAGUUCUGUUGAACAGUUCAGGGGAUCAAAUGAAGUUCUGCUUUUUGCUCUGUUAUUGUUAUUUAUAGCAAAUGACCACAUUUGAAGAGCCAAAAACUUUUGUUUGUUGUUCUAGAUAGGCCAGAGCAACAAAAAUAUCAGUUUUCAAUCGCUGCAUCCUGCACAAACUGCAGAUUUUAUGAAGAUUAUAAUAAAUGUAAAAAUAUGAAUUUAUCGGUUAUCGGUAUCGGUAUCGGCCAUGAGAAGAAGAAAAUUAUCGGUUAUCGGUAUCGGUUGAAAUUUUUCAUAUCGUGCAUCACUAGUAAUUAAUUAAGCAAAUAGCACCUUUUUCAACUAAAUAAGAGGAAAAUACCUAUUGUGAAUUUGGUGAAAACUGGUAUCAUCAAAGGAUCUUCAAAGGGAUUAAUACCAAUAACCAUGGAAAAAACAUGCCUAUGUUAAACCAGUGAUUUGUGUUGAUUCUGGUGUCCCAUAUGGACAAAGCAGUACCCUUUAUGCUGAUUUUUCCCUUUCUUUGAAAAAGUGGUGUUUCUUAACAUCCUACUAUAUAUCUCCCAAAUGUAUGACUCAUUUAAACCCUUGUAAAGAAAAUGUAAAUAAAGGCUGUUUUGGCUGGCUGACACCUACCCUGCUCCAGAGGUUAUGAAGUUGUGAAGAUGAUGGUCUCAUUUGCUUUAAGAGACAUCAGUGUGACUGUGUGUGUCUGUUUCAGAAUCAGCUAGAGACUUCUUACAGUAGCUUUAAGUUGUGUUUCUAUAUCAACAAGUAUACCAGUAAACCACUCUGAUGCUCAAAAUCCCCCCAAAAUCAACUUGCUUAUUGUUGCAAACACUUUAAUGCUUUGUUUUAUCUGCAGGCAGAAAAUGAAUUGUUGCAGUUUAAGGGUACCCACGUUACAACAGUGUGGUUGUUGUAUAGAUUGCAAUACUCACAUCUGAGCUCGAAAACUGUCACUGUUAUCACAUCACACAUUAUAACGCUGUUUUGUUGUGAUUGUUGUAAUUUUAGGGUAAUAGAAACAAUCAAAACAUUAAAUAAACCAAUAAACAAUUUUGAUUUUCCAAAAUCCGAACAUCAGAGAACAAGGACUGCCUGCUAACAGUAGCCUAGCUUAGCUGCUUCGCUUUGUUUGAGGUUAGGAUUCCUUCAGUUUACUUUUUAUUUUAAAUUCACUUCUCACUUUGGUUAUCCCACUGAUGAAAUAGACCUCCAGCUCAAGGCAGCUGCUAGAUCUCAAGGUUUUAUUUGAUUUUGGCUCUCUGGCUUUCGAAGCAUGCUCAAAAACAUUUUCCAGGUACUCUCAAAUUCUGACACUUGCCCAAAUCACAUAAAGAAUUAAUCCACCAAGAAUGUGAAUAAACCACCCACAUAAACAUGUGCAGCUAUUAUCUACUCUAGAUUUCCUUUAAAUAAAGUCCUUCUUAAAUACCUCAGAAAUAAUUACUGAGAUGUUCUGGCUAAAUUUGGCACAUUUGCACAAAAGAUUAGUAGCAUGAGGGCAUGAUAAACAGUUGCUCUGAACACAGUCAGUGUUGGUGCUUUGUCUACCCCAGUUACCCCUCUCCGCUUCGCAUGGUCGCCCUUCAUUAGCCUGGUUAGGCCAUACAUGUGUGUCAGAGGGUCAGUGUGUGUAUGUGUGUCUAUGUGUGUUACGGCCUAGAUAAGGGAACAUCUUGUGGUGUAAGUGUGUGCAUGUACAUCUAUAUCUGUCAAGGAAGUAUGUGUUCGGAGCUCUAACGCUGAGGCUCACAGGGGCCAUCUGGGGAACUGGCUGUUGUAAUUAAAUUUGAUAUAAAAGGAGGGAUGGAAGAAAGGAGGGGUGGAAAAAGGAGGAACAAAGCAAGAGAGGAGAAAGGAGAGAAUAAGGAAGAGUUAGAAGGGAGAAAAGGUAAGGAAGGUAAAGUCGGGAGGAUGGAUUGAGAGUUGACGCCUCAGGCAGCAUCAUAGAGGGAGCUGGUUCAUGUAGGGACAGACACACACAUGCACACACUCCAGCUGCAGAGCAAUACUUUGCAGGGUGCCCACUCUGCCAAAAUGGCUGUUAAUCCAACAGAUGCUGUCACAUGCUGCGGAAAUUUACGCACUCACUGACAAUUUUUCUGCAGGAAGAAUGUGGAAGCAAUGCUGUCUAAUUAGCAGUUAAAAAGGGAGAUUUUGAGGGACACAUCAACAGGAAAACAAUGGACCGUUUAGGAAGUUCGUUAAUUAAUACCACUACCAUUGAAGAAAGGGUGUGAAAUAGAUUUGAAUGAAUGAAUGCAUUGACGACAGGUUUUAAUCCACCAUGCAACUUGCUGGCUGUGUCUCUGUUUCUGUCUGCUUUCCUUUCUUCCCCUACACUCACACACAUUCAGGGAUACUCUGUGGUAAUAGCAGCUUACAGCCUUCCAUUGUGCUUCUGUUGCACCAUUGCUUGUAAUUACAUGAGUAUCAGGUGCACCUAAAGGCCAAUGCCAUUACAGUGUGUCCAGCUGUUUAUUUAUGUGCUGGAAGCCAACUUGUCAGCUGGCAGAAAGGCCUUUAUUUGCGUGUCAAACAAGUGGAUCUUUUUGUUUACUUCACAGGCAACCCAUCUUUAGGAUUCUGUAAGAUAAUGUCAGACAUUUUCCACUCUGGUGAUACAUUUUGGCGGCUCUUUGUUAUCCUUUUAUUCACUCAAGAUUGAGGACCUGACAAGCUUGACUUAAGUAUUGCAGGCUGCUCAGCCCAUCUGUCAGCUGAAAAACGAUUGUAGAUCAUCUACAGUUCACAUAAAUUCAUAAAUCUUCUCUACUGUUCUUUUUUCCAGCCAUAUAUGGUGUAUAAAUAUGAACAUUAUUUUAGGAUACUGUUAGUUGAGUUAAGCCAAUUCAAACAAAAAAACGAACAAAUUAACAGUGGCAAAAAAAGACUUAAGUUGUGUUUCCACCAAAACGACCUGGAACUUUUACUUUUCCUUUCCUUUAUGAGAAAAAAAAGUUCUCUACUAUUAUCUGCUGUUAUGUAUAUAUUCAAACCAAUCAAACAAAUCAAACAAUGGCAAUGAGUAAGGUUGCAUUUCUGCCAAAGAUACCUGGAACUUUUAAUACCAGGACCUUCCCUCUAUGAGACCUAAAAGUCAUUUCAGAGUUCCCAUCAUUCAGUUGAGUAAAGCCUAGUCAAACCAAUGAAACAAAUUCACAAAUAAUAGCAAAAACAGUUAUAAGACCAAACAUACCAGGAACUUUUAAUACCAGGAGCUUCUCUUCAUAGGACUAAAAGGUUCCUCAAGUCUAUUUCUGCAAUCUAAAGUAAAGUCUUCAUUCAUGUGAAGAUUUGGCAGUGUGGUCUUCUUGUGUGUGUGUGCUGCCAGCUGUGUUUUACAGAGGUUUACUGAAAAGUGUUACACAUGUUCAAAUUUUCUGUAUUGGAGGAAAUAGUGACCAUUGAGUUCGGGAUCAUUAAGUGGGGUAUUUUAAACUCAAGACAGUGCGUUGGAUACAAAUACCAGACAGUCCUAAUACUGGAUUGGAAGUUAAAAUAACACAGCUGCACUGCCAUGACAACAUAAGCACUCACACUACUAACCAGUCAAAUAAAAAUAUUUUCAUUACUGAAAGGUCCACCUCCACAGAACCAGUAUUUUUGGAAAGUACUCCCUCUGGACAAAGACCAUCAGACCCUGGUAUUCAAUAUGGUAUCUCACUGAGCACUCCUUAAGUCCCUGGUACAUGUGAUAAAUUCUUACAGUGGAAACCCAGCGUUUGAAUCUAAUAAUCUUUUAUUUUGUAACGUUUAAAUUCAAAUGACAACAUUUCUAUCUGUUUGUUCCUCAGGUUGCCUCCCUUGGCGUCACCACCUUCACCCUCUGUGCGCUGUGCAUCGACCGUUUCCGAGCAGCCACUAACGUCCAGAUGUAUUACGAGAUGAUCGAGAACUGCACCUCCACAACCGCUAAGCUGGCCGUCAUCUGGAUUGGUGCUCUCCUUCUGGCCCUUCCAGAGCUCCUCAUCCGACAGCUGGUAAUCGAGGACCCAGGAGUGCCUUACGAGCCUCCUGUCGAACGCUGCAUCAUCAGGAUAUCAACCUCCCUCCCUGACAUGCUCUAUGUGCUGGGACUGACCUACGAGGGUGCUCGUCUUUGGUGGUGUUUUGGCUGCUACUUUUGUCUCCCCACUCUCUUUACAAUCGGGUGCUCACUGGUGACGGCACGCAAGAUCCGGCGUGCGGAGCAGGCAAGCGUUCGCAGUAACAAGAAGCAGAUACGACUUGAGAGCCAGAUGAACUGCACUGUUGUUGCGCUAGCAAUCGUGUAUGGUGCCUGCGUGGUGCCUGAAAACAUCUGCAACAUAGUUUCUGCAUACAUGGCGGCUGGUGUCCCUGAGCACACCAUGUCCGUGCUCCACCUUCUUUCUCAGCUGUUGCUCUUCUGCAGGGCUGCCGUCACACCUGCAUUGCUGCUACUUUUGUGCCGUCCUCUGGGUAGGGCUUUCCUGGACUGCUGCUGUUGCUGCUGCUGCUGCAACCAUGCCCCCUCUUCUGCUACAGCUAGUGACGAUAACGAACAUGAAUGCACCACUGAGCUGGAGCUGUCACCGUUCAGCACCAUCCGCAGGGAGCUGAGUAACUACACACCAGCUGGCUCCAACUGUUGAAUAGACAGUCCUCUUCAGGGAUGGAGACUUCACCUGAGUGCUAGUAGCCUUUGGCUAGUAUUCCUCUGACUUGGCUGGGAGAGAUUUGCCUUACCUGGUCUGGUUACAUUUUUAAAAUGGGUGCAUGAAUACAGAAAGACACUAAAUAAUCACACUCAGCCAGUGUCCUACAUCCUCAGUGUUUAUUCUUUACAAUAAUACUGUACAUUUACAGGAACUGUGUAACCCUUGUUUUACAGGAAAGCUAACACAAAGCAAAAUCUUCUUUACACUCACACCCUGGGGUGCUCUUCAAACAGGGUCAAAACAUAUUUUUAGCAGUUCUGCCUGAAACCUUUAAAUCUCACAAACCUCCCUGCUGUAGACCUAGUAUGCCUAAAUAACAGCAGACAGAUGGGAUUGCUUCUCAACCCAUCUGGAUGUCUGGAUCUUCUCAAGAGGUUUGAAUCAGGUCAGUUUCUUUGAAUCAUCUUGUUCUGAAGAAGAAAAAAUGUUGCGUAUCCCACUGGCCCCGAGCUAAUUUUGACAAGUAAAGGUAAUUAAUAUUCAAACUGUACUGUUCCAUGUAGUUAGCUUUAAGACAGUACAAGAUAUGUCACAAUAAAAUGUUCAUAUUCGUGUAUCGAUACACAUAAUCUGCUAACAUAAUUAAGAAACUACAUAGUACAUACUGAAGGGGAAUUAAUCAAUGAGAACCACUUUCGAAUUGCAUCCAUUUAAAGAUAAAGGGACUGGUUAACUAUGUAGUCCAACCCAGUUAAAAAACACAGCACCCAGCUAAACAUGUGGGCCGACACUGCCUAUAGAACCACUGGACCCGGUUUACAGACUAUACAGCUGUAAAUGUACAGUUAAUACAAUGCUGCACACAUGGGAGCAAAUCUUCAGUUAAUUUAACUAGCGCAGGGCGUCUCUGCAGUAAUGACAGUUUGCAGGAGGAAAACAAAGAGAAGAGACUGGACUCCCCAUGUACACAACACUGUACAUUAAGAAAUAUCAAGCGGACUAAAACACAACUGGGCUGGUCUCAGAGAUACUUCAACAAGGACUUACAAUGUUUGGGCUGGACUAAUUGAAAUUAAUUUAAGGGUUUAAUGAAUGAAGUGGAAUGAAAUCAAAUUACCAACUACAGAUUUUGAAGAAAGUGGAAAGAAAUGGGACUUGACAUCUUGGAGUAUAACUGAAAGAGAUGGACUCAGCAUGAACUGGACUGAAGAUGAAUAUCUGCACUACACUGUUGUAUCAUGUUACGCCUUACACGUCGGGCUGUAUAUAAACUGUACACAUUCUUUGGUGCUCUUAUGAUGAAUGCGCUAUGAACAACAAAUCCAUCGGUUCGACUCGAAAUCGCAAGUAAUUGAGCCGGGGACUGUAUUUUUGGUCAAGAAGACAGAUUACAGUUAUCUGCGACUCUGGAGUAAAUGAACUAUAGUGGGAUGAGAGAGAAAAAAAAUCAAUGCAGAGUUUCACAGAGCUACCGUCCACACAGUUAUAAAAGAUAAGGUGAAUCUUUGAGUGUAAAUACUACUUCUGUUUGGGCAACAUUUGACAACAAUAAGACAAAAAAGUAUGGUUUUACCGACUAUGACAGUCCAGCAAAUCAGUGUCCAAAAGACCAGCAGUACACUAAAAAUAUAAAUGCUCUUUUUUUUUAAGUAACAUAGUGGAGAAAAAAUCCGAUAGACUGCUUUUAUCUGCUUUUUAACCACUUGAUUGGUAUAGGAUAAUUUAUUAUUUGAAGUCAUGCAAUCUGUAGUGUAGUUAAGAGAGCAUCAUAAUGAAUUUAUUAGGUAAUCAUAGCAUAUUAUUUAGCUGACACAGAAAAGUGCCAAUUUUAGAUUGUAAAUAUAGGGGCAAUUUUUAUAUUUGUAUGAUCAUUUUUAGGAAAUACUGUAAAAAGUAGAAGUUUCAUUUUUGUACAAGUAAUUUAUUUACAUCUACUGUUAAAUCAAUAAUAUACACUUAGAAAUGAGACCAAAAUUGGCUGUUUGAACCAAAAAUAAAAAAAAAAGAUUUGCAAAGUUCGAGGAUUUCAGUGACCUGUUAAUCUUUCCUGCUUUAGCAUCUCAUUUGUAACCAGGAACCAUGAGGGAAACUUACUGAUCUGCUCUUGUAACAAAGUUGUGCAACUUGUGAAUCCUCACACACGUUAAGAAGCAUCUGGAGUCUCGAAGACUUGCGGGCUUUGUUGUCCAUAAAUUGAUUUCAUUGUACAUUAGUUGAACCUUAAAAAUAUACUGUUGACUCAUGCUGCUGCUGGCUUAGUUAGCCAGCUAAUAAGAGCUGGGCACAGUUGUUAUUUUUAAAAUGGCAGUCAGUGGUUUGAAUUGGAAAGCUGCAUUGGUUAAAUUUUGUCAUAAAUCAGGUAUCUGUUCUUAGAAAUAACUCAAAGCCUUGAAUGGUAAAUUUUGUCGCCAAUAUUGAUGAAAUGUUUGCCAUCUUGUAGAAACACAGCAGCUAAAGAGGAUGGGGCUUUAUGGACAGUUUAUAGUUGAGUAAAAUGAGUCUACUUUCUAGACCAUCUAUCCCCACUAAAGUCUCAUUACUUGAGGUUUUAAGAGGAACCGAUGAAAUGUUUUUCACAGUGUGUAAAUUUACAAGUGUAUUGUACUCUAAAUCUGUUUUCUUAUUUCUCCACAUCAGAUUUGGGUCAGAACAAGGUUCAAACCACUGGUACAACUUCUCAACUUGUUACAGUUCAAGUAUUCAAAGGGAUGGUGAAUCUGAACAGCCUGGACAUUUGAUAGUUAUCAAUUUAUGCUAGAAAUGUGCCAAUGACCAAAAUUUCUCUCAACAAGCCUUAUUUUGCUCCCUUAUUAUCAAUGUUUUCAUUACUUUAUGACCAAGCUGAACGGUUUGAGCUCUGUAUUGACCCAGGUUUGAUGCUCAUUGGUAUUCUGUAUAUUGCAAUGAAUCUUUUGCGUACGAUUCUGCACUGCCAAACACCUUCUCUCUGUCUGUCUCGUGCUCUUGUGGUAGUAGCACACUAUCUCUGGGUGUCUCUCUCUUAUUAGGAGGUCAGUUUACCUUUAUCUCCAUCUAUAAGAGAAGAGGAACAACAUCAGAAAGACAUAAAUCACAAAUGAAGGCUAGCCACUCUGAAACUAGACCAAUUUUAGUGAGAGAAUGUGGAUAUGGGUUAUUUUUCUCUCCAUUGCUGGAGGCAGCAUCCUUUUGACUGUAAUGAAAUCCCCUUUAUGAGCUCCAAGAGAUCCAGGUGGAUGUAGCCUUUGGUUGAGGCAGGCUGCAGUUUUUCAAGUUAAUAGAGGAAAUGGACAGGAAGUUAGCAGCACUGCAACACAAUACCCUGCAGCCUGUUUGACAACUCUUUUUAUUACCAUCACUAUCAGUGUAUUGUGGGCCAAUAUAUAAAUCUGUCCAGGGAGUUUAUGUCCUUGUGCCAGUCCAGUUUCUGUCACUAAAUCACCUGAAGAGCAUAGGUUUUCAGUAUUUACUUUCUCCCCUAUUGUUGAUGAAACAUACAGGUAAACUGACCUCCUGCAUCUGAUUCUCUUUUUCUGCAUAUUUCUGGGAGCAAAGCUCGUUCUAAAUGGCUCAGUGUGUAGUACCGUGGUUCGAACUAUUGAUGAAGUGAUUCUUGUAAACCAGUCAGUGAGAUGUUUCUUCUAAGUUUUGUGAGUAUCCUCUUCACUCUGAGCAAAUUGUGUCUGUAUUUGAUACCUGAAAAUGUAAGCACACAACCACUAUUGUCUCUUCAGUCUAGUCACUGGUUUCUAAAUAGCUUUUUAUAUAGCCAAAAAAUCUGUCCCUUUGUUUAUCAAAGAACUUUAUCUUAAAAAAAACUGUAUAUUAAAAUCCUAAAUGUACCGUUAUUGUUGUG